AUGAGCCGCGUCGCCACCUGCUCCACCCCGCGCUGGCCCGCCUCCUCCCGCGGCUACGCCACCCCGCCGUUCGCCGUGGCACUCUCGGUGAGCACCCCGCUCGGCCUCGCCUCGCUCCUCCACGGCGUUGGCUCCGGCGCCGUCUGCCCCGUCGCCGCUCCGGCCGCGCGCCUCCGCCGCCCCGCCUCCUCCCUGAGCUUGCGCUGUGGACCCCAGCCGCCCUCGCGCGCUGCUCGUGCCGUCGUCCCCGGCCGCCCGCCGGCUCCGACCGCCCCUGCUCUGCCCUUGCCCGCGCGGCCCUGUCCGCGCCCAAGCCGGUCCGCGCCGCUCUACCCUCGCGCGCGCGAACCCAUCGCUGAGCCUGGCCGCGCCCAGCCUCCCCCGCUCGACGCACACCGACUCCGCUCGCCGGCUCCGACCACACAUGCUCUGCCAUCGCGCGCGCAGCCUAGUCCACGCCCAAGCCGGUCCUUUUGCCGCUCUGCCCUCGUGCGUGCGAACCCGUCGCUGCGCCUGGCCGCGCUCGACCUCCCCCGCUCGGCGCGCGCCGGCUCCGCCCGCCACGGCCGCCUGCUGGCUCCGCGCGCACCGGCUACCGCCGCUGUGGCCGGCUGCUACUGCAGUAGGGGGCCCACCGGCAGCGACGACUUCGCCAACGAUGACUUCUUCCCCGACCUGGGCAACCUCAUCGUCGACGACAUGGGCGAGAACGUCAACGCCGGCGGUGCUUCUCCCGCUGAACCAUAUGUGAUUCUAUCCUUCCUGUUCGAGAUCGUGUCAUGA